GUCAAACGCAACGACUCUGAAAUGGAAACGCAAAUACUCAGGUUUUCGAACUCAGCAAAGUUUAACGUUUCUAAUUCAAAUGCGUUGCUCUCUCGGAGAGAUUCAAUGGCUGUCAUUCAUUCGGAUCUGUCUUAUUCCAGUGCGGUGAAUAACAAUACUCUCUAUCUGUUGAUUUUGCCCUUUUCAACCAAAGAGCUGGAAAUUGAUCGUGUACUGGAGGACAAAGACAAACAUUCCGCGAGGAAGUUGAGUGAUUUUCUUCGUUCAAGGAAACAAUUUCAUGGUGCAACUUGUAUGCAACAACAAGAAAGCCAUGAAAUGAAAGCCUCUGGAAAUUUCACGUUGGAUCAAUCUUGGUGUCGUUUUGUGAAAAAAAUGUGGAGCGUUCACAUUAGGAAUACAGGCCCUGUAAAAAACCUCACGCUACAAAAGUCUCUCAGGCUUGACUCCGACAGUGAAACUGGGACAACUUACGCGCUUGUACAAACCUGCAAUAUAGUGCAAAGUCCAUUUGUAAUAAGGAAGGAUGUGUUUCAGAAAAUUGGAGGAUUAAUCGAAGGUUUUGGGAAAUUAUCCUUAUUGGAGUUUUUUCUACGAUCAAAGGGCGAAUUGAAGAUUGCAAAGCUUGGUUCUUGCACGUGGACACCCAAAAUCAAGCGUACGGAUCGAGGAAAUUUGAAAGGCUCAAAGGAGGUCCCUGAAUAUGCAAAUUUUGCCAAUAAACAUACGGUACUUCGGAUCGUAACGGAGAAUAGAAUAGAAUGGACGGCUUGUGUCGCAAACUGGAAGAUGUGCCCGGAGAAACCCUAUGUAGAGCCACGAGGUCUACCCGGCGUAGCUACACCAAUAUGUUGCAGCACUGUUUUAUGGAAAAUGCUAAGCGAUUUUGUAAAAGGGCUAAACAAACUGGGGCUAGAAUACCGAAUUGUUGAUGGCACCUUGUUAGGGGCUAUCAGGAGUAAAGCGAUCAUACCGUGGACAUACGACAUAGAUAUUGCAUUACCGACCUCUGUGUAUAAAAAUGCUUCAACGUAUACUGCUCUUGAAAAGGUUCUCGAAAACCAGUACUAUAUAGGUUGGUCUUUCAUGAACAUGCCCAGGGGGCAUAUUCUUGUGCCCCCGUACAUCGACGUAAAUACAGCCCCUUAUUUUGACGGGCCUGAGGACUUAGAAGGCAAAACAUUAUUUAGUAGUGAACUGGAAGAAGCAGUGAAGGGAAUGUUGCCAGUGUCUCAGGAUUGGAGAGAACGUGGCUAUGUAGAUUUUUAUGAGGCAGGUCAAGCCUUGAUGAAUGGAUCGUCCAUUGUCACCAUCAACAAUAAACAAUUCGUGACCGUGAAAGAUGUGAAUAAAAUGUUGAGUACAAAUUACGGCAAGAACUAUCGGCAACCAGCAUUAAAAGGAGAAUGGUUCGGUUUGUCAGACAACAUCGAUUCCUGAAGGAAAUAACUUAGAUAUAGUCUAGAUUCUAGGAAUAAUGCGGCGACGAGUUUGCGUCGGAUUAGGGACCUUAAAAGGAGAAGGGACGACAAAUCUGAGAAAAAAUCGAUUAAAAACGAAUGUAUCACAACAGGGUAGUUGUGUCAGAAUCGGUCAUUAUGGUUCGCGAUCU